UUCUUAUAAACCUUUAUAUCGUAGCAGCGAAACACUGAAAAUUAAACAGCUGUGCGUGUUAAACUGCAUUUAAUAACUCGUCGUUGUGAAAAGUGCUGUGACAUUGUGGGAAUAAUGCCGUCGUUGUCUUCGCCAACACAAUCGAUGGACACGGUGUACCCGGAACCCAUGUCGAGGCUCCAUCGGCGGGUGGUGCCCAAGAAGAGAAGAGGGGGCUCCUCCAGGUACCGCACACAGCCGGUAACCUUCUCAGAAAUACAGGAAGUCGACGAGGACAACAUCGAAGACCCCGUCCCCGAAUCCACCACCAAGUCAGAGCUCAACCUCCUCAACAAGAAGUUCGAAGAGUUCAAACGAACCAGAGACUUAAUCCUUAGCAAAAGUGAUACAGAGAACGUUGAUAUUAACAAAAAUUCAGUACCCUUGUCAGUAUCCAGGUCCACGGGUCGGCUGCCAUCGAGACCCUCGUUCUAAUGUAAAUAAUCCCAGAACCUGAAACUGGACAUCGAGAAAUUCUCGACUCAGUCAAUAAAUACUCUUCGAGAAUACCACGAAAUUACUUUAUUACGCGGGCUUUCAUAUUUUUAGACACAGUUCCUAUGGAGAAAUGCAGCGAUUUUUUUGUAAAUAGUAUUUUUAUCAUUGUGUUCCUCCGAUUCGAGUCGCUAAUCACGUAUCGUACUCGUAAAUACAUUUUUAUACGCGCAAAGUACGCAAUAAAUUUUUUCGAAGGUUGUGUAAUUUCGUCAAGUCUGCAUGUGAUGGGGAGUUGAAUGGUGGCAAUUUAGUACUAUAGAAAAAGUAAUCUAAGAGAAGGCAUUCAUUUAUUUUUAGCUGCGACAUUUUGCCAAAUUCGUUUUUAUUUUCAUUUAUUACCAAUUCCAGGCCCGUUUUAGUCAGGGAAAAGCUACUUAAAUAACAUAAUAGCGUUCCCAGCGAUAAGUUUUUCCAAUAAUUGUAAAAAUAGCCGAUUAUACGCACAUGCGACGUUAUUAAGUGCCUAUCAUACACUGCCUUUGUGCGUCUUUUAAGCGCUGCUAUUGCAUUUUUAUCCGCUUUGGAUUUUUUUCAGGGUGCGUCAAAUGAGCAAAAUUAUAUCUUAAUUUUAAAUUAGUCAACAGUUAGAUACUAAGUAUUUAAUCGUGAACUAGAAGAAUUUUAAGAUACCUUUGUUGAAGAACUGUUCUCAGUUAGUCCAGUUUUUUUAUAGUACUCCUGGUUUUGAUAGAUCGUGUUAAUAUUUUCUUCCAGAAAUUUGUUGUUUUUCUUUGUACACUUGGACCAAAGAAUGCCAGAAAAGAGCUAUUUUCAGCACUCCUGCAUUCUAAAGCAAAUGCAGCAGGUUUUUGAGUUUUAACCACCAAAGAAAUGCGUGAAUUAUGGUCUGAUCUAGCUCUAACUGAAUAAUUAAGAGAACGCUGUUAUUUCAUGUAUGUAAUCGGUUUCCGGCUUAUCUACUCCGAUUAUUCAAUGGAUCAAAAAAAUUUUUACUACGUUUUUUAGGGUGAUGUUUAUUUUACAUACAUUUAACACAACUGGAAUUGUGCUCAUUUUGCCAGUCCUUUAACUAUUUCAUAAUUCGAUUGGUCUUCUGUAUUUUCAAAAAUUUGAUUGUUUGGCUAGAUUAUUUAAAAAUUGACUCUGAUAUCCAAAAUAUUAAGUUAAAUAAAAAAUAAAGAAUUAACUCUGACUGCUAAGAACAAUCAAAAACGCUCAUACACGUAAAAGUGUUGCUUAUUUGUAUGCCCCUUGUAGCUUCAAUUUUUACUUACCAUUGCUUUUUUAUUUAAGUGUGUUUUGUCUUGAUCUUGGCACUUUAUUUAUGCAUCAGAACUUAAUGAUCUUGGCGUUGAGGAGUUGCCACCAAUUGAUUUCUCGAUGUCCUUGGUGUAAAAUGCAGUUAGUAGAUACUUAGUUAAGUGUAUAUUUUAUUAAGUCUUUGUAUGAAAUUAGGAGGUAGAUUUGUAUACAACAAUGUAGUAAUAAUAUAAUAACAGUAUGGAAUAGUUUAAUUUCAUACUUCCUAUAUUUAACAUGGAACGUCUUUGUGUAAAUAACAUUUUAUAUUUAUAUAAUAUACUUUUGCGUUAUAAAUUA